UGUUGUAAUAAAAUUAUUUUAAAUGAUAUUUGAUUGUUAGGAGUUGAAGCAUGUAGAAUAGAUAUGGAUAAUCAAAAAGUUAUGGUCACUGGUAAUUUCAAUUUAGAAAAGUUAUUGAAAACUCUCAAGAAAAAAACCGGUAAAAAGGCAGAAAUCUUAAUGAUGAAUGAGAAAGCUGAUAUGGUUCAAAAAAAAAAUGAUGACCAUGAAGUUGUUCAGAAUGAUGAUGAUGACCAUGAUGUUGUUCAGAAAGAAAAUGAUAAACAAAAGACAUUUACAGAGAAGAAAGAAGAAGGUGAUAUAGUCCAACAAAACGACGAGAAUCCUGAAGUAGAAGAAAAAAUUAAUACAUCUGAAACAAGUACAACAAAAGUCGAAAUAGUUUUAGAGAAGGAUGAAGAAAUUGAAAUGGAUAGAGGUGUUUAUAUGUACCCAAAUAGUGAUGAUGAGAAAAAGAUGGCCAAAUAUAUGAUGUUUAGUGAUGAAAAUCCUAAUGCAUGUUCGAUUUCGUAACUGAACAUCGUCAAAACUAGUAUCCACCAUGGAAAACUUGGCAUGGUAAUGGAUUUUAUCUAUUUGGGGAUAUUUUGAUAUUUUCAUCACCUUGAUAUUAUAUUA